AUGCGACAUGACCCAUUAUUUAUCAAUAAAUCCUCCGAGACGUCGUUAAAUGUGAGCAAAAUUCUUGUUGUUUUCGGGGCUACGGGCAACCAAGGCUCCUCUGUCAUUCGGCAUGUCCUUCAAGAUCCCGAGCUAUCCAAGACAUACACCAUACGAGCCGUCCGCCGAGAUCCGUCAUCUUCCCGAGCAAGAGACCUUGCAUCUCAAGGCAUUGAGGCUGUUUCCGGCGACCCUUCGAACAAGACGUCCCUUGAUAGCGUAUUUAGGGGAGCUCACACCGUCUUCGCCAUGACCACUUCCGACUACGAUGGCGAAGCACACAAAGAAAUCCAAUACGGAAAGAAUCUUGUCGAUGCAGCUAUCGCACAAUGCGUAAAGUACCACAUAUGGAGCACGCUUCCUUCACCCAAAGUCAUCUCUAGUGGCAAGUACACCAAAGUCACUGGUUUCGACGACAAGUUUGUCGUGGAAGAGUACAUUCGAAGCAAAACAUCACUGAUGAGCGCAUUUUACGCUCCCGGGUCUUUCAUGCAGAACUAUGCCACCAUCAUGCAACCCCAACCCAACCCAGACAAAGACGGAUCGUAUCCGGAGACACCGGAAAGUUUGUGGCAGCGAUCCUUGCCCAACCCGAGAAAUUCCAAGGUAAAACAUUCUCGGGCUUCAAUCAUCAGCGCCACAACAGGCAAAGGCGUCAAGUACGUCGAGGUAUCGGAAGACGUUUACAAGUCCUUCUUGCCUCCAACUGCGCAGGAUGAGCUGCUUCGGAUGAUGCUCUAUCAGCAAGAGUUUGGCUAUUACGGGCCUCAAACCGAAGCUGAGGUCGCCUGGUUUGUCGAGAAUGCAAGAAGGAACCCUACAACCUUCAAAGAAUUCCUAAGAAAACAUCCCCUCACGCUGAAAUAA